AUGGGGUUGUCACCCGCCGGGAAUGGCCACCACCGACGGCGGAGCUCGGUGCUCACGGGCGCAAGUCGUUCAAUGCAUCCGGGCCCCUCGGAAUGGAGGGAUGAUAGCCUACGACCGCAUGGAGACGGAGGUCCGAACAAAUGGGACGAACAGGAGCCCUUGACAGCCGAGGAUACUGAUACCUCCGAGUUAUCGUCCUUGGCCCUGGAGAAUCGGGAGUUGGAUGUGAUGAGUUCGGACGAUGACCAAUAUGACGAGGAGACCGGUCUCACAGCAAACCAGAAACGCCAGCGGCGACGACGGCGUCGGCAACGUCGCAAGUUGGAUGCUCGUAUCGCCGACGUCAAGUCCUCGCGAUUUGGCCUGCCCUCGUUAGGCUUGGCGGAUCGUAACGUCGCUCGCAAGCUACUUGCGAACGCUGGGCUGAUUCUGCUGUGGUACUUUUUCUCCUUGUCCAUCUCCAUCCCUGCACAUGGUUGUCCAAUUCACCCUCGCCGCUCUCUUGCUAUGGAUAUUUCCUUCUCUGCGUCCUCAGCACCCCCGGGUUCGCACUCUGCAUCGCCCGUGGAAGGCUCCAAAGAGUCUGACCCAGUGCUCACCACAUCCUUCUAUCUCACACGCCUUGUCCCUUGCGGUGCUGCGACAUCGCUCGAUAUCGGCCUCGGCAACAUGGCCCUCAAAUUCAUCUCUCUCACCUUCCUUACCAUGUGCAAAUCAUCCGCACUCGCCUUCGUUCUCCUCUUUGCUUUCCUUUUCCGCCUCGAAUCUCCUUCUGUCAAAUUGAUUUUGGUCAUCGCUACAAUGACGAUCGGUGUGGUGAUGAUGGUAGCAGGCGAGACCGCUUUCAAUGCGCUUGGAUUCGGCCUCGUCAUUGCCUCCGCUUUCUUUUCAGGUUUCCGAUGGGGACUGACUCAGAUUCUUCUUCUCCGCCAUCCGGCCACCUCCAAUCCAUUCUCGACUCUCUUUCUCCUUACGCCCGUCAUGUUCGUUUCUCUUCUUGCCAUCUCCCUCGCGGUCGAGGGCCCUAACGAUAUUCACUUUGGUUUCCUCGCUCUUGCCGAGAAGCAGGGAACUUUGUUCGGGUCGUGUCUGUUGAUAUUCCCGGGUGUCCUCGCAUUUUGCAUGACCUCAUCUGAAUUCGCGCUAUUGAAGCGUUCUUCCGUCGUUACUCUCAGUAUUUGUGGAAUCUUCAAAGAAGUCGUCACGAUCAGUGCUGCAGGUGUGAUCUUCCAUGAUAAGCUCACGGUCGUCAAUAUAACCGGUCUGGUCGUCACCAUUGGAAGUAUUGGAUGCUAUAAUUAUAUGAAAAUCUCCAAGAUGCGCAGCGAAGCAGAGCAUGAUGACUGGGACCGCGACGGAACGCCAGACUCUGACUCUGAAGAUGCCAGCGGUGGCGAGUUUGGAGACUACCACCGCGUCAACGAUGCCGAGACGGGCGCCGCGCACUCGACCCCUGCAGCGCACUACGAUGAUGACCUGCAAGCACCGUCAGCCGGUGACCAACGACGCUCGUUCCGUGUCCGUGCAAGCGGCGCAAUGCACAACCUGUCUAUCUCCACCACGAUCCCGGAGGACGACUCGGUCGAGACACCAAUCAAGUCCGCCCCUCCAACUAUCACCACGAUGGCCGACGUGGCGGAAUUCCCCACUCACCUCCAAGCACCAGAUCAGGAGGAUUCCCCGGGUAUCCAUUCCAGCUCUUCAGUCUCGCCAAUGCAGAGCCAACCCCCUCCCACCCAUAGUCCUUCAAUUUCAUUCCCAACGAUGACAAUAUCUCCUAUCCAAUCUAUUUAUAUGCCAUCUUAG